GCGUUGAUUUGUAUUCCAAUCUCUAAUAUCACCAUUAGUAAGUGGUCAAACAAUGUGUAUCCGAAACAGUGAUUUCGAGCAGAUUUUUUACUCUAUGGUUUUUUAUUUUCUUUCGAAUUUAGUAGCAUUAUAAUUCUUCUGCGUUGCGUUUUAGCCUGUACAUACUUUAUGUAGUGAAUUCAGAUCGGAAUUAUUGAUGAACUGUUUAUACGUAAUUCAUCAAAUACUACAAAUCUUCCAUAUUUAGUUCUAAGUGAUUCGUGUGAGUAGAUCGCGUAACAAAAUGGCAGAAGAAGUACCUGUUAGCGACGUUCUUUGUGAAGCCAUGGAAUAUUUGUGCAAACUCGGAUCGAAUUUGAGAACGCGCUCGCAGAACCUAAAGGAUAAGAGAAUUAGCAAAGACAAGUUACGAAAUACCCACGCAGUGCGUAAAGCCGCGUCUAAGGUGUUAUUAAUAUGCGAAUUAUCACGAAAAUCGCUGGAGAACGUCGAAAACGGUGUGAAAAGGGUGUUGACGCUUGUAGACGCCUCGCGGUGCUCGCCGGUGACAGUUGGCGCCAAAGACGAUAAUCGCUCAAGAAAUAAGAAAAACUAUUUCUGUUUCGAAUAUGACUCUUGUAAGUUAAGAAUUUCUGAGAAGAUUUUAUUAGCCCAUUAUACGUCGGUCAAAGUUCAUGCUAAAAGUAUGCCAGAGUCGAUGAUGGACAAGUAUCCUGUAUAUUACAACUGUAGUCUGUAUAAAAAACGAAAAGAAUCUUUGAAAAACAGUGGUAACGAAAAAUGCCAGAAAACUAGUAAAAAGAAGGAUAAAUCUGCUGAGAGGAUUAAAGAAAGUGACAAAUCAGAUUCGGAUACCACAUCCUGUGACACUCAAAUCAAAAAUAAAAUGAAUAAUGAAAAAAAACGAAUAAAAAUCAAUUUAAAUUCAGAAGACAGUGAUAAUAGUACCAAAGAGAAGGAAGUAGAAGAAAAAGCCAAGCAUAAGCAGCUUAAGCGCAGGUCCAAGGAAAAUAAGACAAAGGAAUCUGAAGAUGAAACAGCUGCAGCUAUACAAAGUGAUGGCAGCUGUGAAGAUAGAAAGAAAGAUAACAAAAAUAGUGAAAAAGAAUGCAAAGACAGAAAGAAGGGACCCUCGGAUGAAGCAGAAAUUGAGUCAAAGAGCACUGAAAGUGAUGAUAGUCCUGGGGGCACGAAACAACGAGAGCAUGAGAAAAUAUCCAGCAAAAAAGAAAGCAAAAGUAUUAACUCCAGUGAUGAAGAAGAAAUUUGCAGCAAGUCUAAAAAAGGUACAAAAAAUGUUGUAUCCGACAGUAGCCAAGAAGAUUCCAAUGAUGUUAUAAAGCUAGUAAACAGAAAAGCAAAACAAGAUAACAUCAGUGUUGAUAGUGAUGAUAAGUCUAAACCAACUGAUAAAUUAGAAUCAAAGUCAAAAAGUUGUCGUAAAUCUUCAAUAAGAAGUGACAGUGAAGAAGAGAAUUUAAGCAGUGAAAAAUCUAAAAACUCAAAAUCAGCUAGAUGCAUAGACAGUGACUCUGACCAAAAAAGUGACAGUGGAAAUGAGAGAAAAAAAAGAAAACUUGAUAAAGAAAGUUACAAUAAAAGAAAUAAGAUUGAUGAAUCUGAAUUAGUUCAUUUAAUUGAAGAUUCACCAAUGAAACCAAAAGAGAAUUUAAAAAGCAAGGAGAGAAAAGAAGAUAGUGACUCUACUUCAGAAAAAAAACCUAAUAUCAAAACAGUUACAUUCAUAGACAGUGACUCUGACCAAAAAAGUGAAAGUAUUACCGGAAAUGAUAGAAAAAAAAGGAAACUUAAUAAGGAAAGUCUCAAUAAAAAUAAUAAGGCUGAUGAAUCUGAAAUAGUUCAUUUAAUUGAAGAUUCACCAAUGAAACCCAAAGAGAAUUUAAAAAGCAAGGAAAGCAAAGAAGAUAGUGACUCUUCUACUUCAGACAAAAAACCUAUGAUCAAGUUAGUAAGUCUUAAUAAGUUACUCAAGCCUGAUGUACUACAAAGAGAAAUGUAUGCUAUGAAUACUAAAAUCCCCCCAGUUUCAAAGACAUACAAGAACCGCAAAGAAAAGAGUAACACUCAAGAGGAUGAAAAGAAAAAAGCAGUUAGUGCCUUCAAGCCCAAAAAGUUUGAUGUUGUUGUUACUAGGCUACCAAAAUUUACAGAUGUAUUUUUGUGUGAACAUGGGUUGAAAAAAAUAACUCAGAACGGAUCUAAGAUAUAUAGUUUAAAAUUAUUUAAAAAUAAGGAAAUAAAAAAAUCAAGCUUGAAAACUGAUCAAAAUAUUUCUAGAUCAGAAAGUAAAGAAAAAUCUUGUGAUAAUAUUGAUCCCAAUGAUGCUGAAAAGAGUAAAUUGGAUGAAGGAAUUGAAGCAAGCAAAAAUGCACUACUCAAUUCUGAUUCUGAUGAUAUGGAUACCAACAAGCCAAAGAAUUGUAAAAACUCCACAAGGAAAUCUAAGGCUAAACAAUCAGACUCUGAAAAAGAUGAGGAGAGUGACAACAUAAAUUCUAAAUCUGGUUCACCAAGUGAGAGGAAGAAAAUAAGAAGUAAAUCACCCAAAGAUGUAGAUAAAAAUGAAAAAUUGUCUAUAAACAGUGAUCCUGAAAACAUCAUAACCCUGGAUUCUGUAGCCACUUCAAAGACUCCAGAAAGAAAAACUGAAGAAACUGAGAAAACUACGCCACAGUCUAGAAGGAAAUUAAUCAUGGAGUCAAUGCAUGCAAAAAAGAUGCUAUUGACUUAUUCUUCAAGCUCUGAUACUGAUGAUGAUCAGCUUAAAACUGCAUUGAAAGAAAUUAAAAAUUCUCUUUUAAAGGGGUCAAGUACAGAUGAUGAACUAGAUGUGAAAAAGAUGGUUCAAAUGAAUAGGAGAAAGUUGGUUACUCCCUCGGAUUCUGAUGAUAGCUUAAAUGUAAAGAAGAAAAGGAGAGAAAAAGAGGUUGCUAAAGGGAAUGAGCAGGAGGAUAACAGUAUUAGCCAAGUGGAUGGGACCAAUGAUGAAUUGUCUAAUUCAAGUUGUAGCCAGAUGGGCCGCUCUAAAACAAAACCUGCCAGUAGCAGCUCUGAGAAUGUGGACUCAGUUGACUCAGAAAUUAAUAGAUUGUCAAACCUCAAGACGUUGAACCGCCGUCGGCGGCCAUCGGUCGAGAGGACGACUAGAAGCACCCGAAGGAUGCCGAAGGCGCCGCCGCUUAAGGACGAGAUGUUGGCCCCUGUCAGCUCGGGCUCUGGCUCUGAGAGCGAGCACGAGGCGGCAGAGACGGAAGAGCUGCCCCCAAUCUCGAUGCCAAAGUUGAACGGGGACAGCAUCAACCACAUAGCUAAGGAAGACCUCCUGGCUCAGAGUGACCCGUCCAGCUCCGAAAAUGAAAAGGCCAAUGGUUCCGAGGACGACAAAAAAGAGUCAGACAGCGAAGAAGACACCGUUAAGUCUACCAGACGCAAGGCGAACGCCAUAGCGUCUGAUUCCGAGGCCGAAGCGGCGCGGAAGGCGGACAAAAUAAGCGACUUUGAGGACUCGGAGGACGACAGCAGCGAGCCCAGGAAAAAGAGCAAGAGAAAGAAGAAGGGUUCUGACAGUGACGGGUCCGUCUCUUCCAGUGACGGAGGUAAAAAGAAACGUCGUCGCAUCAAACAAGUGAAUGAUAGCGACGGAUCCGGAUCCGACACGGAGAAUGAAGGCAGGAACAAACAUGGAAGAAAGAAUAUUCGUAAGGUGAUGAGCAAGGACCAGCUAGAAGAGGCUACCAAGAAAGCUGCGCGACAGGAGAAGGAGAGGAUUGCUCGUAUUGCCGAACGCCAGAAACUGUACAACAACUUGGAAUUCGACGAGUCUGGCAAGCCUGAUGAGGUGGUACUAGACAAGGUUGUGUUGGACUUCGACCCCGAGACCAAGGAGCCCAUCAUAGAGGUGGACCGCGGACUCGUCAAGAAACUCAAGCCGCAUCAGGCUAACGGUAUAAAGUUCAUGUGGAACGCUUGCUUCGAAAGCGUGAAACGCAUCAAGAAAGACCGCGGAUCCGGCUGUAUCCUCGCCCACUGCAUGGGUCUGGGGAAAACUCUGCAGGUGGUCUCCCUAACCCACACAUUGCUAGCGCAUAGCAAGCUAACAGGCGUGAAGAGAGUACUAGUUGUGUGUCCACUGUCUACAGUACUAAACUGGGUCAACGAGUUCAACAUGUGGCUCAAACACUCCGAGACAGAAACAGAGGUGGACGUUUUUGAGUUGUCGAGGCACAAGCAGAACUCUGAACGCUCCUGGCAGCUCCAACAAUGGGUAGAUUGUGGCGGCGUCUGCGUGCUCGGCUACGAGAUGUUCCGCAACCUCUCCGCCGACAACAACAAGAAGUUCAAGAAGAAGAUGCUCAAGACGUUCCAGGAGGCUCUCGUGGAUCCUGGCCCGGACCUUGUGGUGUGCGACGAAGGCCAUCUGCUAAAGAACGAAAAGACGAGCUUGUCGCAAUCCAUGAACCGCGUGCGAACGUUACGACGCAUCGUGCUCACUGGCACACCGCUGCAAAAUAAUCUCAAAGAGUAUUACUGCAUGGUACAAUUCGUGAAGCCCAACCUCCUCGGCAAGUACAACGAAUACCUGAACCGCUUCGUGAACCCCAUCACCAACGGGCAGUACACGGAUUCCACCGAACGGGACAUCAGCCUUAUGAAGCGACGGUCCCACGUUUUGCAUACUAUGUUGGACGGCGCUGUUCAAAGGAGGGAUUACGGGGUGCUGGCGCCCUUCCUGCCUCCGAAGCACGAGUAUGUGCUGUUCAUCACGCUCACCGACAUCCAAAUCAAACUCUACCAACACUAUUUGGACAACUAUUCUAGAAGACCCCUACCAGGAAAGUCGUCAGGCUUCCUGUUCCCCGACUUCCAGUCCUUGCAAAGGAUAUGGACGCACCCGCUGGUCCUCAAGUACAAUUCGGAACGAUACGAGAUCAUGCAGCAGAAAAAGAGAGAUAAAGAGGAAGAAGAUUCAGAAGGUUCGCUUGCUGAUUUCAUUGAUGACGAUUCCACGCCAGAUGAAUCUUCAACGGAGGAAUCUACAGACGAUUUGUCAGACUUGAGUGACGACAGUCGAAAGAAAAGCAAAAAGAAAGCCAAAGUCAAGAAAGGGAAAGGCAAGGAUGCCAAGGCGUCAGGGCGGCGCAACACAAGGGCCAAUCCAGUGGAACUAGAAGAAGAGAAACCCAAUUCCGACAUAGAGGAAAUAAAAUACGAAAACCCAACGGAGUGGUGGAUGAAACUCGUCACAGAGGAGGAAUUGGAAGACAUCCGGCACUCACACAAACUGCUGCUGCUGUUCGAUAUCCUGCGGCAGUGUGAGGCGAUUGGAGAUAAACUGCUCGUUUUCUCCCAGUCUCUCUAUUCCCUGGACCUGAUCGAGCAUUUCCUCGGUAAAGUCGACGAGGCAACUCAAGAGGGGCGCAUAGAUGAGAAACUCGCGGGACAUGUUGGCUCCUGGUCGCCUGGUGUGGACUAUUUCCGUCUGGACGGAUCUACGUCCUGCGAGAACCGUUCAAUUUGGUGCAAGAACUUCAACCGGGAGGAUAAUCCUAGAGCUAGACUGUUCCUAAUCUCAACCCGCGCCGGCGGCCUCGGCAUCAACCUGGUGGCCGCCAACCGCGUCGUGAUCUUCGACGUCUCCUGGAACCCUUCCCACGACGUACAGAGCAUCUUCAGAGUGUACCGCUUCGGACAGAAGAAACCGUGCUACAUUUACCGCUUUUUGGCUAUGGGCACGAUGGAAGAGAAAAUCUACGAGCGACAAGUAACAAAGCAAGCGAUCUCCAAACGCGUCAUAGACGAGCAGCAGAUAGACCGGCACUACGCCGCCAACGAUCUCGCCGAGCUGUACAAGUUCGAGCCGGUCCCCGUCGAGCCGCGGCCCGUGCCCAAGCUGCCUAAGGACCGGCUCUUCGCGGAGAUGCUCAAGGACCACGAAAAACGGAUCUUCAGGUUCCACGAGCACGACUCGCUGCUAGAGAACAAAGAGGAGGAGACCCUCAGCGAGGAGGAGCGCAAGAAGGCGUGGGAGGAGUUCGAGAACGAGAAGAAGGCUCCGCCGCCCUCGCCCUUCCCCAACACCUGGUCCAUGCACAACGGGAUGGCAGCCAGCCUCCUGCAGCAGCAGCAGCAGCAGCUGGCGUACGCCGCGCUGGCCGCCAUGAUCCGCAAGGACAUGCCCAACAUCAACGACAACCAGAUCCGCGACAUGCUGCCCAUCAUCUGCAACGCCAAUCCCGGGCUGAUGCAGAAGAUGAGCGAGAUCUACAAGUACGCGCAGCCCGGCAUGAUGAACCCCUCCAUGAUGAAUCCCGUCAUGAAUCCUGCCGGUGGCAUGAGCACGAGCAGCAGCCUGCAGUACGAGCCGCCGUGGCAGCGACAGCAGCAGCAACAGCAGCAAAUGCGGUUGCAGCAGCUCAUGCAGCAGCAGCAUAAUAUGGGCGCCAAGUACUACGCGGGCGGGCUGGGCAGCCGCGACCCGGUGGCCAUGGCGCUGCAGCAGCAGCGCGCGCGCGAGUUCCUGCUGGGGGGCGGGGGCGCGGCGGUGGGGCCGGCGGGGGCGGGGGUGCCCGCGCCCGGCGCGCCCGCGCCCGCGCCCGCGCCCGGCCGCCCGCGCGGCCGCCCGCCGCUGCAGCCGCGCGCGCCCGCGCAGGGCGACGUCGUCAACCUUGCCGACUCGGACUAGGCGCCCCACCCGGGUCCCCAAAGUGUAUAGUGAACAGAUGUGUACAGUGAACGAUAUAGGUGCUAUGGUGUAUGGAUCGACGCGGGCGCCGCCACCGCCGCGCCGCGAGCCAGAUGUGGAGUCAUGCCGCACGUGUACAUACCCCGGGCUGUCCGCCCUCUAGGGACACAACCGACAUUCCGCCUUUAGGCUUUACGCUCCACUACAUAUCAAGAAUCUCAUUUUCUACCCUCAAUCUAAUUUUAACACGUAAAAUAUAGACAAAAGGUGAAAAGACGGAAUAUUUUGAUGAUGGUUUUUACAUCUGCAUUAUAUGGCAUUAAACUUUGGAACGCCAGACGGCGAAGGAAUAUGCCCUGCCCCGGACGCCAGGCGAUCGCAAUUAUUCAAACGAAAUUGAACUUUACAGAGUCCCGCGUAAGUCCCUAUUGCAUUGGCAAAGCUGACGGCUAUAGCCGUCGUUGGCGUCCUUGGCACGACUUUCCGAUGACGGCCACCGCCGACUGCGGUGGUCAAAAGGUUAAAUUUCGAUUCCAUUUAAAAUUCCAGCAAAUUCAUGCGUUGAAAUCGCUCCCACGAUAUAUUCCAAAAGUUAGCGCGUUAUUUGUCUAUAUUACCUAAUAUACUUCGUCUCUCCCAUGAGCUGUGGUCGCUCAUGUCGUUUCCACUUUGUUCUCACGCAGCUGGAGCCUAAGGCGUCGACUGUUUUGACUGGAUAUGUAAGUCGUGCUCAAAUUAAAACGACGAUUUUUCCGGGACUGGAUAUAAAUUAUUACUAAUAAGGAUAUCUUUCGUGUAAACGCAACAUUCCUGAACAAUAGUAGAUCUGCUUUUAUACUCAUUGUCGUAUUUAAGCGCAUCGGGUUGCGUUGAAGCGUAUUGCGACCUUAGGAAGGGCCGCUUGCAUCGAAUAGCAUUUAUAUGAUACGUAUAUCUUGCUGACGUACAGCUUGCGAAUCAACUAAAAUUUUAAUUAAACAGUUGAUAUUACUAGUUAUAGUAUUUUUAAUAUUACGCCGCGAUGCCGGCGGACCUUUGCGCGUUAAAUUAUUCAAUUACAUCGAUGUUGAAAGGACACUCGAAGGAAAGUGAGUGUGACAUUUAAUACUUUAAAAUAUAUCUCUCAGUACAGGAAAAUAGUAUUAAGCUGUGUUAUAUGUCAGUAGUUAGAUAACUUCUGUGUUUAACAUCAUACCACUAUCCUGAAGAGGGUAUAUGACAAUUCUUUAUAUCUGCACAAUUAAAAUACACACUUACCCUUUAGUCUUACGAACUACUGAUUAGUAAGGGAAACACCAAUUUGAGGAAAAAACUAUUUUUUUUAUUUUAGAGUAGGACGAAAGCUUGCCAACAUUUGUUUUCGCAAUUAAAACGACAUCUAGCACUGGUUUACUACAUGGUCUAUGAGUAGAUUUGAUGUUUUAUACCAUAAGUUGAUGUAUUACGUUUGAAUAUCUACAAGUCCAAAUUGUGACUUAUCAGAAGAGCCCCAGUAUUAAAUGAAAACUUUUUGCCGUGACUGCUAUCUUUUAAACAAUCGUAAUAUGUUUCACUGAUUAUAAUGACAUGUACUUUCUUUAAUUAAACAGCACAUUGCAGCAAUAUUAUAAAUGGAUAAUUCAAAUUGACAUACUUAAUAAUUGUAAUGAAUUUGGCGGGUCCACACAGAGUGAGCAUACGCGCGAGGUAAUUUCCUCACGCCCAAACCAGCCAGUGUAGACGUGCCUCAUCCGAGGCGGCGCGCUCAGGCGAGGAAAACGCGCGCCCGCCCGGCCGAGGCACGUCUACACUGGCCGAUUUGUGCGUGAGGAAAUUGCCUCGCGCGUAUGCUCGCUCUGUGUGGACCCGCCUAUUGACUUUUAGAUAUUUUUUGGCAUUGUCUUUUGAUUUUGGUGAAGAUGUGACGAAUAAUUGGGUACUUGGUGACAAUGGUGUAGCAGUAUAAGUUUUGGCGGAAAUACCUUUAUUUCCGCCAAUUAUUCCUUAUUCCCACUAGUUACCACCAAGUUGUUACCAGCGGUAACUACUGGGAAUUUUUCUCACCUAGUUGCUGAUAACUAGUGGGAGUAAAAGGUGGGAAAAAAAUCCCAGUAGAUAGUUACCACUGGUAACAACUUGGUGGUAACUAGUGGAAAUAACCCGAAAUGCUUAUGCUGCCCCACCACAUGUAUUGCAUGUCCUACAACAUGACAUUUCGUAGUUAAUUUAUUUGACCUGCAGCAAGCAGGUGAUUUAGUUGUGAUAUUGCCUAAUGUAAUGUUUUUGUAUACGUUUAUUUUAAUGAGUCACCAACGUGACUUUAAUGUUAGGUUCAGCAAUCAUAGAUAUAUGUAAUAUAGGGUUAAUUAAUGUACCUAUUCACAGUGUGACAGGUGUAGUAGUGUUUUAUUUGAGAGCCGCUAAAAAUAUACUUUUGAAACAUUCUGAAUGUUGAUUUUUAUAUGGUUUAGAUUUUUACAGAUUAUUAUUUUAUGCUUACAAUAAUAAUUUAUAGUUACACAAAUAUGAUAGGAAAUCAGCAGUAUUGUAUUCAGUAAUUUAUAAUUUAUAUUAGUUUCCAUGUCUUGCAUCCUCUAGGGAAUAUUGUUUUGUAUUUGUAUGGUUACUGUAUUCUUCUCUGGACAUUGAGCUGAAUGAGGACUGCUGUAAUUGUUUCACUAUUUAUGUAAUAUAUAAUUGUAACUGUAGAAAACUUCCUAUUAUUUUGUAGUACAAUCUAUAAUAAAGAAUUCAGAAAUGUC